GCGGGGGAGGCCGGGGGUGGUUGGGAAAAUAAAACCAAAAAAAAUUUGCGCAAAUGAAAACAAAAGAAAAAAAAAUCGUCCAAAGAAGGAAAGCAAAGAAAAGUAUCUUUAAAAUUCCGGGAAAAAACCCCAUUCUAGCACAAGCAGACGGCCGGAAAAAAUCAUGCUAGUUGACCCCUCCCGCCGAUCAUUUUUCUAUGGUCCACUUUGGCAAGAGAGUAAUUUGUGAGCUUUACCAAUAUGACCAACUAUGGAGAAAAAUUAUGGAGCAAUAACAACAAAAGGUGCCCUAUGACGUCAACCUCCAGAUCGCAGCUAAAAGAGGUCAAGUCAAUAUAUAGCUAGUCUGCGCACAGACAAUAGCCUGUAAUACAGAGAGAUUACGACACAAUCUGUGUAAUAAUACAGUCACUGAUCAGUUUGUAACACAAGCUAAAAAGGAGUAAGCGUUUUACAUAAAGAUGCGUUUAGUAACAGUGGAGCCAGUGGUGUUCUCAUAUGUUUUCACUGGUGCUAUGAUAUCGCCGUUGUUACAGCAAUAUAUCUAUGAUGAGCUGAGUAAAGAGCAUAAUUUUACGAAGGCUGACGACUACAGAUUGUGUAUAAACGGUUCAGAUAAUAGUGGCAAUGUCACAGCGUUGGAAAAUCGCAUUCAAACCCAGGCGUCGUAUUGGUUUAUCGCACUUAGUGUAUCUUGUAAGUGUAUAAAUGUCUUCAAUAUUUUGACAUGGUGUAAUUAAUUGGCAGAACAGGGGGGGGCUGCUACUGUGGUAGGGGGGCCACAUCCUCCCCCAAAAGGUCAGAGUCAGACAGUAAUAAAAAGAUUCUUGUGUGCUGCCUAGAAGACAAAGUGAACAGAAUUACCAAUAUUCAGAAUUACCAAUAUUGUGGUCAAUGAAAUAUUCCUAAGUGAAUUUAAAAUGGGGUGCUUCAGCUAGCACCCAUAACAAUUUUCACAGGGGGACAAAGCCACCCUAAUAUAUAUAUAUAUAUAUAUAUAUAUAUAUAUAUAUAUAUAUAUAUAUAUAUAUAUAUAUAUAUAUAUAUAUAUAUAUAUAUAUAUAUAUAUAUAUAUAUACCUCCCCCUCCCUCCUCUUCCCUGCUCCCAACUCCUGCCCCAUUUCUUCCCUUAUUCCCCCAGUUAUUAAUAACGUGGUACAUUUCUUUUUAGCAAGUUUGCCAUCACUUUUCACAACCCUCCUUUAUGGAUCAAUGUCGGAUGCCACAGGAAGGAAACCAUUGUUGCUUUGUGCUAUAAUUGGUGGACUAAUCAAAUGUUUUAUUGUUUCAAUGACCGUUACAUUGGGUAUGCAAACUAGAAAUCCUAUUAUGAGUCAAAUAGUUCAUUUGGUCUAUAACAGUUACUGCUACCGAUUUUCCUGGUGAAGUGACUCACAAGACAUUAGAGUUAGGAUUAUGUUGGGGAGUGCCAUGCCUGGAAGUUUUAUUGCACCUGAAUGCUGAAAAGGAAGUUUAGCUCAAGUCUCAAACACGAUCAGGGGCGAAACUAGCCCCUUUAAUUAGGGGUGUCUGGCAGAAUUGCCCUGCCAAAACCAUGCAAUGAUCAGUGGUGCCUAAAUUACUUUGAAUUUAUACUCGAGUAAAAGUAGAAGUAAUUAACAAUAAAACAACUUGAGUAAGAGUAAAAAGUACUGGAGGCAAAACGUACUUACUCAUACCCCCCUCAUACCCCCCCUCAUACCCCCCCCUCAUACCCCCCCUCAUACCCCCUGUCUUAUUGCUACCUUUCAUUUUUAUUCUGUUUCAUGUAGGCUGGCCAUUCUAUGUUGUUUUCUUGGGAUCAUUGAUUGAUGGUUUAAUGGGUUCCACAGAGACCAUAACUGCAUCCUCUUUAGCUUAUAUUGUGGAUGUUACAGAUAACAAAUCACGAACCAUUAGAGUGGGCAUUUUACAACUAUCUAUUAUGUUCUCUGUUAUGGUCAGCUAUUUUAUUGGUGGAAUCUGGUUGAAAAAUUCAGGUAAGUUUUUUUGCUAUUAAUACCACCACCACCAGCAACAACAACAAUGGCAACAAUAGCAACAAAAGCAGCAACAACAACAGCAACAGCAGCAACAGCAGCAACAACAGCAACAACAACAGCAGCAGCAACAACAACAGCAGCAACAUUGACACCAGCAACACAGCAGCAGCAUGCAACAACAGCAACAACUGCACACAACAGCAACAACAGCAGCAGCAUGCAACAACAGCAACAAUAGCACACAACAACAACAACAACAACAACAUUGCAUCAUCACAACAACAACAGCAACAAAACAACAACGUCCCACCAUGAACAACUACCACCACAACAACAGCUGCAGCAUCACCACUAACAACCUCUGGGCUUUUGAUUUGAUUUCAUUGCCCGUCCAACGAAAUACAGAACAGUGUCCGUGGGAGAUUUAGAAUAAACAUUUUAAUAUUUUCGGAGUUUAAACUUUUGUACUACAUACUUCAUUCUACAUUCUGUUUAGGUUACGUACCACCAUUCUGGGCAAGUGUUGGUGUCUUAUUUUUAUGCUGUUUUUACAUCGUCAUCUUCCUGCCGGAAUCUUUGAAAGAAAAGCAAAACUUCAACAGAUUCUCCUGCUUGGCUAAUGCAAGAAGGAUAAAAGAAUUUGUUGUGGCAAAUAGAGGUCCAUAUAUCAAUAUCUGUCUACUGCUUUCUUUCAUUUCAUUUAUAUUCAUAGAUUUGGAUUAUUUUGGUAGCGUCACUGUGUUGUAUACAAAACACCACCCCCUGUGCUGGGGCCCAGAAAUGAUAGGUUAUUACAUGACUGCGAAAACGGCCGUUGCAGGUGCUGGGAUUGUCUUUACUUUCAAAGUGCUUACAAAGUAUAUUCCGGAGACCUUGAUAGUUAUAAUAGGCUGUGUAUGUUUCAUGAUUAGUGAUGUUAUCUUAGGUUUUGCAAAAACAACACUGGCAAUGUUCUUGUCAUGUAUUCCGGCGUUCUUCCUAGCCGUCGCUCCGCCAGGAAAUCAAAGCAUUGCUUCUAAACUGGUCUCAACACACGAGCAAGGGGUGUUAUGCAGUAUUAUAGCAGUCUCAGAAGGUCUAGCGAAGUUUAUGGCUCCUCUUACGAUAAAUACGUUAUAUCCUGUGGGCUUGGAUAAACUUCAUUUGCCUGGAUUCGUGUUUUUCGUGGAAGCUGGUUUAUUACUUGUUCCAGUAAUAUUGUUUGCUGUCAUUCAUUAUCUAAUUCGGAAAAACGGGCGUUUUGUGUAUGCAUCGUUGCCUGAAAAUUGUAAAGAAACAGAAGUGCAGGUUCAAUGUGAACAUAACCAAAGAUUAUGAACAUAUACAUGUACGCAUUAUCAUUUAUGCCCGUUCCAACCUAAUUCACACUUUUGAAAAUCUAAGGGUACCAAUGAUUACCUAAAGCCUGCCGCACACGAGAGCUAUCUGCUGAGCAAAAAGUUACUCGUGCCUGUUAGCUCAGCCGAUAGCUCACCGUGUGCGGGUACAUUUUGCUGAGUUUUUUGCCUCAUGCAACCUUUUCUCACGUAUCAAACAUGUUUGAUCGGUGAGCUAUCAGCUGAGCUAACAGGCACGAGUAACUUUUUGCUCAGCAGAUAGCUCUCGUGUGCGGCAGGCUUAAGAAUGGAAGAGAAGUAAUUAUUAUUCAUUUAGAAGAAAUCAUUCUUUAUGAUUGCCUAACAACCGACUGUGAAAUCAUCAUUCAUUUAUUAUCUUCUCAAUAGCUGACCAAAAAUAAUAUUCAACGUCAUAACGUUGAUAUGAAGAAAUAAUGUUAAAUGCUAUGACGUCAUGUCACUGACGACUACCGAAGGAAUUGUGUCACAACAACACAAGUGGCUUCAUACAGCUGGCCGUUGUUUUAUCUUUUGAAUGAAUAAUAAAACAACUAUUGAAUUCCCAAGAGAAAAGAAAUAUUCGCAAGAAAUAAAGACGUCCUAAAAUCUGAUCAAAUAUAAUAUAAUAUAAUAUAAUAUAAUAUAAUAUAAUAUAAUAUAAUAUAAUAUAAUAUAAUAUAAUAUAAUAUA